AUGUCAUGCAUUGUCAGCCUUUGGAUUGUGACAGGUGUGGCGGUGCAGAGACAGGUGACUAUUUCAAGUUCGCCCCUUGGACAUUUGUUCGAGUGGUCCAGAGCAUCUGUGCUGACAGAGGAGGGGCAAAUUCCAAGAUUUGUCCGACCGUCUACCUUCCUACAGACAGACGGCUAUGAUCGCCUCACUCCACCCAUUGCCACGUUUAAGAACGAUUUAGGGAGAACAAGGGCCGCCCAGCUAGCGAUUGCCGAUGCUAUUCUCCGCAAUUCAAUGAUUUGCUUUCUCUCCUCAUCUCGUCUGGCCAUCUGCCACAAGUAG